UGAAUGUUCUGAGUAUUAUUUUUUCUCCCUGCAUACAAAAAUAAGUCUGCCUUCUUUGGACUUAGCUUAUCUGUACUAAAAUCCAUAUUAAGCGUGUGUGUGGGGUUUUUUGUUGUUGUUUUUUAUUUUUUUUUUUAAUUGAGCACUUUGAAGCAGACUUGGACUAAACAUAAGUCCUGAUUUUAUACACACUGGAAACGUCUGAGUUUGACCACCUCCCCCUUUCUCUCUCCUUUUGUCCACGUUGGCAGUAAUGGCUUUACUCUGUUCCUUGUGACAAAAGUAGUCUUUUUUGUACUUUGUGGUCUUUGCUUGUAUUUCCUCCCACUGCUUUCAGACUUCUAUGGGUUUUUCUAUCCCAUUCUUUCUCAGAUUAUCAUCUUUGCUUGUUUAUUCCUAUACUAUUUUAAACCAGAGUAACAACUUCUAAAACUUCUCUUUUUUGUCAAUUAUAAAUGAAAUACAUUGUGUUACAAUGUUACAGUAAUAAUUUAUCAUGGGUUGUUAUUUUAUAUAUGUAUAUAUAUAUAUGCAAAGAAAAAUACUCCAAGGAAUCUUCUGUUUGUUUGGAUUGUGAGGGACACAGCCCUUGCAUGGGUGUGCUCAAUUAGAGGCUAUGACUUGACCCUUUUGAUUUUAAAGACUUUCUUCUCUGGUUUGAAUAUGUAUAGGUGUUUAAUGAAUGUUAAUCCUGUACAAAUGAAAGAUGAAGAAAUGUGCAUGAUGAUAUGAGCCCUUAAUUCAAAUUUCAGCUUAGUAAAGCUUUGUACAGGCCCUUGAGAAAUUUGUUACUCCCUAUUAUGUCUGAUGUGAGUACAACAGAUUUUAAAUUGCUUGCUUUGUUUGCUCUUCCAUGACCUGCUCACUGCGAUAUGGAAAGCAGAUACAUAGCUGUCCAAGCCUGAUUUGGAGUUAAUCAUAUCUAUCUUAAUUUCAUCCUGAGUCUUAAAGAUAGAACUCUUUGUUUAACAGUCAUGUGGACUCAGUUGUCUAACUGGAAAAGGUAGUCUGUCAUGUCCUGUAUCUUCUAUCAGUGAGUUAAGGAUGAUGUCUCUCUAGGUGUGCUUCUAGUUCCUCUUUGCUUUUAUCAACUAAGGGCUAGCUUUUCUUCCCUAGUUAAAACUUCUUUAAUUGAGAAUCAUGGACCCUUCUUCAGUAAGCAAGGCAGCUAUUGUUAUUAAGCCUUUUUUUCUACAAUAGUAACCUCUCCUUUAAUUGUUUCUGUAAUUUAUUUUUUAAUGAUUUCUAGUGGAUGGAGUCCUUUGACAGGGCUCUCUUUGCUAGUAUGCUGCAAAGAGACAGUCUAAUCUGUGAGAACCUGGUUAUGAACAGAAAGUGUUGGGAAAAUAUUCAUGCUUUUAAGGGGAUAUGAGGUAGUUGUCCAAUGGACUUUUAAUUGACAGUUAAUAUUCUUAGAGAUCAUAGGCUGGCUUAAAUGCACCUUAAUUUUUCUGCAUUGCUCUUCAGAGCUAAAUGCAAAUGUUGAAUAUUAAUUAUUCAACCACAGAAACAAAAGAAAUGGUUGAUUGGUGUCCAGGUGCAGUUGCUGUUAUCAGUGUAUGUGAGGUGUUAUUGUGUGGCCACAGUGGUGUCUUUUGGGUUAGAGUAUUCCACACUGCUAAUACAAUGCAUGCUGCUGAGCUGCUGCCAUCCUUGCUGGGUGAAGAGGCCCUGGAAGUUGGGCUCAACACAGGACACAGGAGGAUGCACGUUUGAUGAUGGUCCUGGGCCCUGUGACUACCACCAAGACCUGUACGAUGAUUUUGACUGGGUCCAUGUCAGCGCUCAAGAGCCUCACUAUUUGCCACCUGAAAUGCCUCAAGGAUCGUAUAUGAUAGUGAUUUCAUCAGACCAUGACCCUGGGGAAAAGACUCGACUUCAGCUUCCAACAAUGAAAGAAAACGAUACUCACUGCAUCGAUUUCAGCUACCUCCUGUACAGCAAGAAUGGAGGAAACCCAGGCACUUUGAACAUCCUCGUUAAGGUGAACAAAGGACCACUGGCUAAUCCCAUCUGGAAUGUCACUGGCUCCACUGGCAAAGACUGGCUUCGAGCAGAGUUGGCUGUCAGCACUUUCUGGCCCAAUGAGUAUCAGGUAAUAUUUGAAGCUGAAGUCUCAGAUGGAAGAAAUGGCUACAUUGCCAUUGAUGACAUCCAGGUCCUGAGUUACCCUUGUGAUAAAUCUCCACAUUUUUUGAGGCUGGGGGAUGUAGAGGUCAAUGCAGGGCAGAAUGCUACAUUUCAGUGCAUUGCUACAGGGAGAGAUGCAGUGAAUAACAAGUUAUGGCUUCAGAGAAGAAAUGGAGAAGAUAUUCCAGUUGCUCAGACUAAAAAUAUCAAUCACAGAAGAUUUGCAGCUACCUUUAAGUUGCAAGAGGUGACAAAAACCGACCAGGAUUUAUACCGCUGUGUAACUCAGUCAGAGAGAGGUUCCGGAGUCUCAAACUUUGCUCAACUUAUUGUUCGAGAGCCGCCUCGGCCAAUAGCACCCCCGCAGCUGCUGGGCGUUGGGCCCACGUACUUGCUCAUCCAGCUGAAUGCCAACUCGAUCAUUGGGGACGGCCCCAUUAUCCUGAAAGAAGUGGAGUACCGGAUGACGUCCGGGACGUGGACCGAGACCCAUGCUGUCAAUGCACCGACCUACAAGCUCUGGCACCUGGACCCCGACACCGAAUAUGAGAUUCGGGUCCUGCUCACCAGACCAGGAGAAGGUGGGACAGGGCAGCCAGGACCACCACUGAUCACCAGGACCAAGUGUGCUGAACCUAUGAGAACACCGAAAACACUGAAGAUUGCCGAGAUCCAGGCCAGACACAUCGCUGUGGAUUGGGAAUCUCUGGGUUACAACAUCACUCGUUGCCAUACUUUCAAUGUCACCAUAUGCUACCACUACUUCUGUGGACACAACGAGAGCAAAGCAGACUGCUUGGACAUGGACCCCAAAGCACCUCAGCACGUUGUGGAUCAUUUGCCUCCCUACACAAAUGUCAGCCUCAAGAUGAUCUUAACCAACCCAGAAGGGAGGAAGGAAAGUGAGGAGACCAUUAUCCAGACAGAUGAAGAUGUGCCAGGCCCUAUACCUGCCAAAUCAGUGAAAGGAACUCCUUUUGAAGAUAAGAUCUUCCUCAACUGGAAGGAACCUGUGGAUCCAAAUGGCAUCAUUACUCAAUAUGAGGUCAGCUACAGCAGUAUACAGUCAUUUGAUCCUGCAGUUCCAGUGGCAGGACCUCCACAAACAGUAUCCAAGCUGUGGAACAGCACACACCACGUCUUCUCUCACCUGCACCCUGGUACUACCUACCAGUUCUUCAUACGUGCAAGCACCGUCAAAGGGUUUGGACCAGCAACGACGAUCAAUGUAACAACCAACAUCUCAGCUCCCACUUUACCAGACUAUGAAGGAGUCGAUGCAUCCCUCAAUGAAACUGCUACUACAAUAACUGUACUCUUGAGACCUGCACAAGCCAAAGGUGCACCUAUCAGUGCCUACCAGAUCGUUGUUGAGGAGCUGCACCCGCACCGAACGAAGAGAGAAACUGGUGCCAUGGAGUGCUACCAAAUCCCUGUCACCUAUCAGACUGCUCUUAGUGGAGGGUCACCAUAUUACUUUGCUGCUCAGCUGCCCCCAGGAAACCUGCCAGAGCCAGCCCCCUUUACUGUGGGUGACAACAGGACAUACCAAGGUUUCUGGAACCCGCCGCUGGCUCCUCGGAAAGGCUACAACAUCUAUUUCCAGGCCAUGAGCAGCGUUGAGAAGGAAACCAAAACUCAGUGUGUUCGAAUAGCUACAAAAGCAGCAGCAACAGAGGAACCUGAGGUGAUUCCAGAUCCAGCUAAACAAACAGAUCGAGUGGUGAAAAUAGCAGGAAUAAGUGCUGGAAUUCUGGUAUUCAUCCUACUUCUCCUUGUUGUCAUAUUGAUUGUCAAAAAAAGGCUGGGCAGCAAACUUGCAAAGAAGCGCAAGGAUGCCAUGGGAACCACCCGUCAGGAGAUGACCCACAUGGUGAAUGCCAUGGACAGGAGCUACGCCGACCAGAGCACUCUGCAUGCAGAGGAUCCCCUGUCAAUCACAUUUAUGGACUCACAUAACUUCAGCCCCAGAUUGCCCAAUGAUCCACUUGUGCCGACAGCUGUGUUAGAUGAAAAUCACAGUGCAACAGCAGAGUCCAGCCGACUCCUGGAUGUCCCUCGUUACCUCUGCGAAGGCACAGAAUCCCCGUACCAGACUGGGCAGCUGCACCCUGCCAUCAGGGUGGCUGAUCUCCUGCAGCAUAUUAACCUAAUGAAGACCUCUGACAGCUAUGGAUUUAAAGAGGAGUAUGAGAGUUUCUUUGAGGGGCAGUCAGCUUCUUGGGAUGUCGCUAAGAAGGAUCAAAACAGAACAAAGAACCGCUAUGGAAACAUUAUAGCAUAUGACCACUCCAGAGUGAUUUUGCAACCUGUUGAAGAUGAUCCAUCUUCAGAUUACAUUAAUGCCAACUACAUAGAUGGAUAUCAGAGACCAAGUCACUACAUUGCAACCCAAGGUCCAGUUCAUGAGACUGUGUAUGACUUUUGGAGAAUGAUAUGGCAGGAGCAGUCAGCUUGUGUUGUGAUGGUCACAAAUUUGGUGGAAGUAGGAAGAGUCAAGUGUUACAAAUACUGGCCUGAUGACACUGAAGUUUAUGGGGACUUCAAAGUGACUUGUGUAGAGAUGGAGCCCCUCGCUGAAUAUGUCGUCAGGACCUUCACUCUGGGAAGGAGGGGCUACAAUGAAAUCCGUGAAGUUAAACAGUUUCAUUUCACUGGCUGGCCAGAUCAUGGAGUUCCUUACAAUGCCACAGGCCUGCUUUCCUUUAUACGGAGAGUCAAAUUAUCUAACCCUCCUAGUGCAGGGCCUAUUGUUGUCCAUUGCAGUGCUGGUGCUGGACGGACAGGCUGUUACAUUGUGAUUGAUAUCAUGUUGGAUAUGGCAGAAAGAGAAGGUGUUGUGGAUAUCUACAACUGUGUCAAAGCUUUGCGGUCCCGGCGCAUCAACAUGGUACAAACUGAGGAACAGUACAUCUUUAUUCACGAUGCCAUUCUAGAAGCUUGCCUGUGUGGAGAAACUGCCAUUCCUGUCUGCGAAUUCAAAGCUGCUUAUUUUGAUAUGAUUAGAAUAGACUCUCAGACAAACUCUUCGCAUCUCAAAGAUGAGUUUCAGACCCUGAAUUCUGUGACCCCCCGCCUGCAGGCAGAGGACUGCAGCAUUGCCUGCUUGCCAAGGAACCACGACAAGAACCGCUUCAUGGAUAUGCUGCCACCUGACAGAUGUCUGCCUUUCUUAAUUACUAUUGAUGGGGAGAGCAGCAACUACAUCAAUGCUGCUCUUAUGGACAGCUACAGGCAGCCAGCAGCUUUUAUUGUCACACAACAUCCUUUACCAAACACUGUGAAAGAUUUCUGGAGAUUAGUGUAUGACUAUGGCUGUACUUCUCUUGUGAUGUUAAAUGAAGUCGACUUAGCACAGGGCUGCCCACAAUACUGGCCCGAGGAAGGGAUACUGCGGUACGGCCCCAUCCAAGUGGAAUGCAUGUCGUGUUCAAUGGACUGCGACGUCAUAAACCGAAUUUUCAGGAUAUGCAAUCUAACAAGACCACAAGAGGGCUAUCUGAUGGUGCAGCAAUUCCAGUAUUUGGGAUGGGCUUCUCACAGAGAUGUACCAGCUUCCAAGAGAUCCUUCUUGAAGUUAAUUCUCCAGGUUGAAAAAUGGCAAGAGGAAUGUGAAGAAGGGGAGGGCCGGACCAUCAUCCAUUGCCUGAACGGCGGUGGCCGGAGCGGGAUGUUCUGUGCCAUUGGCAUUGUGGUUGAGAUGGUAAAAAGACAGAAUGUGGUGGAUGUUUUCCACGCUGUGAAGACCUUGAGGAACAGUAAGCCCAACAUGGUAGAAACUCCGGAGCAAUAUCGUUUCUGCUACGAUGUUGCACUGGAGUACCUGGAAUCCUCUUAGUCGGAAAGGACGUGACGAAGUUCACCAAAUAUAUGAAUCUCAAUAAGCUGUUUUGACAACAGUUCUUGAUCCUGUGAAGAAAGAUUUUAGGGGAAGAGGGGGUGGGAGGGAUUUUAAAUUUUAAAUGCAAAGUAUUUUUCUUAUGAAGUUGUGUAUCUUAAUAAAAGAACUCAAUCUGUUUCUAUGCUUGUAUACAGUAUCAACAUUUAGUGCCACAUAAAAACUAUUUAAUGAAAUCCAGAGUCAGAGGAGAUUUGCGCAGAUUAGGACCUUCUCGUGUGUGUAUAUGCAGCUGUCUCUCAGAUACAGUAGAGCGACCAUCUGUUGCAUGUAUCAAUAUUUCCUAUAUGGUAUUAAUUUUUUUCUUUUGAUACAUUGUUAAAGUACAAUAACAGUGCAGAUUGAUAGUAAGGUUCAUUCUUUAUACGUUUCAAGUGUUGCAUAUAUAUAUUAUAUAUAGUAAAAGAAAAACUGGCUUAUUUUGUUUUAAUGUGCAAUGAUGGCUGGAUCACAUAAAGAUCUUUAUAAAGAAACUUAAACAUAAGCCAAAGACUCAAGUGUAAAUAUGUCUAUAUGGAGAAAGCACAUGUAUUUAUUGUUUACUUGCAUUCCUUUUUUGAUGGCUGAUAAAAAGAAGAAUCAUUUUUCUUGAAGAAAGCUUUUUUUGCUGAAAUCAAGUGUAAACAAUUUUUGUAGUUUAUUUUUUGUAUGUUUCAGUGUAAGUAGAAGACAUACUUUUUAUGCAUAGACCAAGAAACAUUGGUAUAGUGGUUUUGUUGUGUACAUGCUUGUGAUUCAAAUUCAUGUAAACAACUUGAUUAUAGAAGGUCUUUAAGUACAGGACCAAAAUCUAAACAUUUUCCUGAAAAUGUAUAGUUUUUCACAGUUGCAUUAGUUAGGUACUGAUAAAAAAAACUAUGUAAGGAAGUGCACACUUCAAAAUGGCCUUGCCUAUGACUUGCACAAUAUUGGAAGAAAUUUUUAAGAUCCAUUUAAAUUGUACAGGAACCAAUUGUUUAAAAAAUAUUGAAGCACAGAGUAACAGAACUGUGACACAAAUAGAUGGGUCUGCAUAUGCCCUUCAGGGUAAAAAAGUAUUUGUUUAGCAAAUUGUAAGAUUAAGCAAUGUUUAAUUUGAUGUUUACAAACAUGUAAGCUUUGCUUCCAAGAAAGCAAAAUUUGAAUAAACCAAUGCCAGAUUCUGAUUAUA